AUGCUGAGCUACCCGGCCGUACGCGCCAUAGCCGGCGGCCUUGCCUCAAAAAACUCCUCGGAGCCCUUCACCUGGCCGUUGGGGUCAGGUUGGCAGCUUCGGAAGAUGGCAAAACCGGAACUUGUUCUAAGCCACAAGGAGGAGAGCGAGGAGGAAGCUUGGACCGUCGAGGACCUUCGGGUUCUUCACAACUUCGCACCCGGCCUCUCACUUCGAGUCGCGCGUGGUGGGACACUCGAAAGCCACAAUGAGGCGGGCGACAGCUCCUGCCGUUUCCUCCUCGACGUGCCCCUGAACGCCACGGUGGCGCUCCGUGGGGCCCAGCCCGGUGACCGCUUCUGCCCCGGCUUGAGCAGCCGGGCACGCGCCAUCAAGCUUACCUACUUCCUGCACCGGGAGAUGAAGGUCCCCAGGGAGGCGAGAUAUGGAUGGCCGGUGAUCGCAAUCCAAGCUCCGAGACAGCCGGAAGUGGUUGCAGCUGUUCUGCCCUCCUUUGCCGCCGCCGACUUCGCUGCGACGAACUCCAGUCACUCGCCCGUCCUUGUGGAGGUGGCCUGGACUGAACCUUGGCCCGGACUGGCG